CUUGUGACUGCACAUAUCGGGGACUUGCGGGUCUUUCGUGUACUCUUCUCACCAAACGAGGUUUUUCAAAGCAUUCUCAUCGGCUAAAUCCCGAAGUAAGCGUUUCAUUGGACAAAAAAACGUCCCAUCUUAAAGCUUGUUGGAAGUCGUUUGGCUUUAUGGUGAAGUUUAACAGGCGUACAUAACUUUGUUUUGUUUAGCUCAACUCGCUAGCCAAGACACGUUAACGCAUUUUGAUCGUUUUUACUUCUUGCCAGCACCGAUUUGUUAAUUAAAAAAAAAAAAGAGAGAAUUAUAAUACUAAAGGGCUGUGAGAUAUCAAAAGAACCGUUAUGUGGCAAGAUAACAAAUAUUAAUAAAGUUAACAAAAAAAUAAAUCACUUUCAUGACCAAUUAUCGAAAAUAGAUCUAAAAUUAGCCCGGAAACAGUCGAAUGGGGCUGUGACGUCACAAUCAGCUAGCAAAAGGUCGAGACAUGCACCAUCGUUGUUGAGAGAGUUGCGUUCGUGUUUUAUCAAAAGAUAGCUAAAAUGGUUCAAACCUGUUGUGCUAUGUGGUGUACAAAUAGCCAUUUGUCGCAAUAUAGUACCCAUUCAUUCCCAAACGCGAGAAAAAGACCUGGACUACGCAGACAAUGGGUAAAGUUUGUCUGUGUAAAGAAGGCUAAUUUUGCAGACCCACCCCCUGGCACGAUUUUGUGUGGUGCACAUUUUACACCUGAAAGCUAUUCGAACUAUCAACAAGUGAAAUCAGGUUUUGCUCAGAAAUUGCUGCUGAAAGCAGAUGCGGUGCCCACCAUACACGCGCCACCUAAAUAUCCCGAGAUCUCAAGAAAGAGGACGAUGACUGGCACGGAUGAGACCACCCCACCACCCCAGGCAAAGCAAAGGAGGGGAGCAGCUAGGCUCGAAAUGGCCAGAAGUCACGCAGACGUCACUGUCGAAGAUCUUCACCCUGAGAAGCACGAUCCCCUCCACGUUAAACAGGAGGAGGAGUCCGAGAUGCCUUGUAUCAAACAGGAGGCGGCGCCAGAGACCCCCGACAUCAAAGAAGAAGAACAGGAAGAUAAAAUCCCCAAGUUUCCAAUGUGUGUCAGUGUGAAAAUCGAAGAAGACGAAGGUCCAAGCGAAGAAAGCGGAGCAGCGAAACCUUCCAGCGACAGCUCAUUUCAGCACCUGACAACAAAAGGAGGGGGACAAUCGCAAACAGACGGCCUUUUAGCUCCGCUUUCGGACAGCGACGAUGUAACGUCACACUCUUCUGACACUGACACUGAUGAGGAGGAAAAUGACUUUGACCAAAAUGCUUCGGAAUCCUUUAACAAUUCAUUGAAAAAAGACACUCAAGAAUGCGGAAUGAGGAAGGCUUUUGCCUGCACACUUUGUGAUAAAAGAUUUUUUCAGAAGACCAGUUUAAAAAAUCAUCAGCAUACACACACUGGAGAGAAGCCUUUCGCCUGCACACUUUGCGAUAAAAGGUUUUAUUGUAAGGCUUAUUUAGAACUGCAUCAGCGUACACAUAGUGGGAAAAAGCCUUUUCCCUGCUCACUUUGUGAUAAAUCGUUUUCUUGGAAACAUCGUUUAAAAAAACACAUUCGUACACACAAUGGGGAGAAGCCUUUUGGCUGCACAAUUUGUGGUAAAAGAUUCACUAAGAAAGGAAGUUUAGUCAUGCACGAUAGAAUACACACUGGUGAGAAGCCUUUUGCCUGCUCACUUUGCGAUAAAAGAUUUUAUACUAAGAGUGAUUUAGAAAGGCAUAAACGUACACACACUGGAGAAAAGCCUUUUGCCUGCUCAUUUUGUGGUAAAAGAUUCACUCAGAAAGGAAAUUUAGUCUUGCACGAAAGAAUACACACUGGAGAGAAGCCUUUUGCCUGCUCACUUUGUGGGAAAGGAUUUACUCAGAAGGGACCUUUAGUAUUGCACACAACAAAACACACUGUGGAAAAACCUUUGAAUUGCAAUGUGUGACCAAAUAUUCUGAUUCCUGCCACGCAUAUACAGUGGAAAAAGUAUUUCAAUUUCCUUAUGCAGUUUCCCUUAAGCCUCUUUUGAAAAAGUUGUUCUAAUGAUUUUGCAGGUCCUGUUCUUUUUAACAACUGUCCAAUAUUCUGAUUUUCUUAAUUGAAUGAAUUGAUGUUAUAUAUCUUUCUGUUGGGAUUGUUCCAUACUGCUUUCUAAAGCCCACGGGCGUAGGUUUGGUCUCAACAUUGGUAGGGACGCUAUAACAGCAUAGCCUGCAUAUACACUUUUUGCUGGGGACGGGACAUUAAUAAGACCAAACAGAUUGGGUGAACGUGGGACUGGGCUACAUUUCUCACAAAUAUGCUGAUGUGUUGCCUCCGUAAAAAUGAAAAAAGUUAAAAUUGUUAUUUUCAAGGGAGAUAAUGGGGGAAAUCCCUCUUUCUUCAUAUAAAGGAAAUUUACAGUGGAUGUGUUUUUGUGUGCUUUUUUUUUUUUUUUUUUUACAGAAAUGUUUGCAUAGGCAGCAAAUAACAUUUUUAAAUGAAUAACGGAGAAAACUAAUAAAUUUAGUCAAUGAAGAAAUGCACAGUUGAAGUAACGUUAACGGUAGAAAACACAUACAGUACAGGAGGAAACUUCUCUAAGCUGCUUCCAACUCGAGUUUUGCAGGUUAGUAAGUUCACACAGUUUAAUGUUAUGCCAACUGUGAUGCAGGUCGGACUUUAAGUAACAAAAUUAGUGGCGUGUGUCCCACCUCCACAACAUUGACGUGUACUUACAGCUGCUGUUGUGGCUGGCCGAAAAAAAAAAUCUAAUAUCCCUCGUCUUUGAAGGGGGUGGAGGAGGCGGCAGGUUGACUUGUAUUUCUGUCGGGGUUGUGUGAGUAUGCGUGUUUGUUCAAGACAUCAGCCAAUCAAACGUGCGUUUGAGGGCAAAAAAAUGGACCGGCACAUUCAGCAGUGAAAAGGGGUAAAUGUAGGUCUGAACAUAAUGAAAAUACAGUAAUUCACUUAAUAAUGGAAGGGUCAAUUCUAUUCUUACAACCUAUGUGAAGACAUUAUUGAUUAUUAUUAAUAAUUAUCAAUUAAUAUAUAAUCAAUUAAUAAUGAUAUAAUUCAAAUACGGUUGCUUAAAAGUUGGUGGGGACAAUUUGAGUAUCCUGAAAAGUUGGUAGUGUUAUGUCCCUACCAUCCCGAUGCAAACCUCCACCCUUGCUAAAGCCCCUUUCAGACUUAUGUCCCGUUAAAUUCCCGUGUAAGGUGACGCAGGAUUUAAACGUGUCAUACCUUUGACACAUGGGGAAAUGUCCCAGGAAUAAACCGGGUUGUAUGUGUGAAAGUGGGUUCCCGGGUUGGCGUCUCGGCGCUCUCUGUGCGGGGAGGGCGGCUGGCGCGAUGUUAUAACCAGAGCAUUACGUCAUUUUUGGUCUGCAUCGGCUGUCACAUUCUGUUGGUCAGAUCGUGUUUUGUUACAGAGCGUUCCCGAUGUCGUACCUGAAGUCAAUUCAAGGUAAUCAAGACUGUAUUUUAAGCUCAGGCGAUCUAAGAGAAGGGUGCCGAGAUUUCAACUUGCUGGGCACCAUUCGACACUCUGUACUCUUGAAUGUCGUGCAUUUGCUGGCUUGUUUGUCAACCGCCCUUCUUUUGAAAUCCUCUACGUUGUGCUGGCAUUUGGGUAUAUUUAUUUUGUUAUCGGUUCUCUUCCUACCGUUUAGGUGAAUAUUAUUGAUCCU